UCAUAUUCUUUCAUUAUCUGAAGCAAAUGGAGCAAUGAUGUCAAAAUGUCUUAUAGCGAAUUAUGAUGAUCUAUUUCAUCUAUUUUAAGUUAUGUUGCUUCUUUUUCUUGCCAAAUUAUGAGAAUGGCUAAUCAGCCUAAUAAGAUAUUAAAUGUAAGUGACCAUCAUUUUCAUGCAUGAUAGAUGUACGGUCAUCAUUAGGGUUAAUUAUGGACAGCUUUAUUUUCAUUAUGUUGAAAUGUAAUUAAUUUCGAUAUAAUAUUAGGAUAUGUAGCAGAUUACCAAUACUGUGUUAAGGCAGAUGAAUUUGAUGGAGCGGCCCGAUUCAUUCUGAGAUUAGAUAAAUCGUAAGUCCCUACGGCACAGCUCCAUUCAAGAGCCAUAUCCGCCUGUCCCAUUACCAGACAAUACGGAUUAAUAAAUGGUCUCUUUCCCUUAAAAGAUUGUAAACGUUCCUAUAGUAGAGUCGUUAGCGUAAGCGGUCAAAUUCAAUCGAAAGUAAAAGAUGACGUUUCCACUCUGACGUGCCGCGGUCCUAAUCUCCUAUACAAUAACUAAAUGACCUAAUAUACCUGGCAAAUCAGGAGGAUCUAUUUUGAAUAACAAUAUACCCACCCGGUAUCUUCGGCAAAAGUCAAAGAAGUUCAUCGUAUAAAAUGGACACCUUCCAAUAGUCCUGUUGAUUUCCUUGAUUGACCAAUAGAAAAGUGCGUUCACGGGGCAGAAAGCUGGAUGAAGGCUAUCUAUUAAUGUACAUAGUUAUCGUAUGGAAAUUCUUUAAUGACUUCAAAGUCUUCUAAUAAAUGCCAUUUUGAAUUUCGUUCUUUACCUUUCUCGUUUUCACUGUGUCUUUAUUUAUUUCUGUCUUACUCUGUGUGUGUCUUAUCUCUAUAAUUAUGUCUAUCAAUCUCCAUCUGUUCUCUCUCUCUCUCUCUCUCUUCCUUCCUUUCCCUUUUGGUCUCUUAUACCACUUUCUUGUAUAUCUCUCUCUCUUUUGUAUUUCUCUCUCUCGUUCUCUCUAUCCGUUCAUCGCUUUCUUUCUCUGUGUUUCCUCUGUUAAAAUCUCCCCUUCCCCACUCUCUCUCUCUCUCUCUCUCUCCCCCUCUCUCUCUCUCUCUCUUACUUUUUGUAUUCUGUCUUUCUUUCUCCAUUUGCCAUCUCAAUUUAACCACACUUUCUUUGGCUAAAGUUUUCGUAGACGACCUCCUCCUCACACGUGCCCCCUUUUUUCCUGUAUUCCACUGUCAAUCACUUGCUUUUUCUAUCAUAGUGAUCCUCCGAGCCACCAUCCUAAAUUAGUACAUGUAGUGUCUCAGUUGAUUCUCCGCCCUAUUAUUUUCACAUUCCAUUUUUUAUUUCUUUGUUUCUUUCCUCCCCGCCCUUUCCCGCCCAAACGGCGUAUGUUGGGAUUAUGACAAAUAAUGAAAACGCGCUCCGCUCAAAAAAUUCGCCGUAACUGUACAAGCGUGUGAGCAAAGCGACCGAGCAGUACUUUUGUUUCUUGUCAAACUGUUCAAAUCAGUAUCUUAUGCAUAUAUUAACUAGAGAAAGAUUUACAAGUGAGCACUGCAAACUAGCUAUAAAGUUACUUAAUGUGAACAUUAAUAAGCUAUUUUCUACUCAAACAAGGCUUGAAAUAACGAAAACUAUUGAGAAAUAUAGACAAAGUCCUUUUCAAUUCAAAUAAUUUUAUUUUCAUAACUCAAUCAAAACAUUAAAACAAAUGAAUAUCAAAUGAUACUUGCAAUAUAACAUACAAGUUAAAACCUAGUUGUAAUACAAUCUUAAAUGUCGAUAAGUAAAAAAUCAAAACAUACACAAUAUAUAUGAGCAUAUUAUAAAUAAAGGAAAAGAGAAAUCCAAUUAUCAAAAUGCAGAGCUCGUAUUUUUGUAAAUUACUGACAUUUAAAAAAGGAAAGAAAGAAAGAAAGAGAGAAAAACAUCCCAAAACUAAAUAAUGUAUACUUAAUUAUUUUAAAGAUAUUUUGAAUUAGGAAUUUCUAUACUUCGUCAUUAUAAUUAUGUUGUGCACCAUAGCGCUUAAUUGUAAAAUCAAGCAUUACUUAACAUAGUUAACAUAGUUUCGAUGUUUUUACCUUAUUACAUUUGUGAUAGUCACAUUGAAUGUAAUUGACGGUGAAGGAUUUGGCCUACUAUGUAAUUUAAUUUUCCAUGAUAGGCCUACACAAACUGCAUUUUUUUAUCGAGAAUCAGACUUCUUGUUCUAACGUCCAUUCAUUCACAAAGCUGUGAUAGGGGAAGAGUGAAGGAUUAUUAAGAGUUAAGGAUUAAUUCGCUCUAAACAAGCAAUCACCUAUCUUAAUCGCGUUCCAACUAGUUCAGAAUGGCAGAUUACACCAUGAUCACCCAAGUGUCAUCGAGUAGCAUUCCUACCAAACGCCCUAGCCGUCGACAUCCCACCGUCUUUACUGAGUUACAGCUACAGAUUCUGGAGACCGCGUUCAACGACAACCAGUAUACUGGUAUCACUACUAGAGAUCAACUUGCUUCAAGUCUGAAAAUUGGAGAAGACAGAGUACUGGUCUGGUUUCAGAAUCGUCGUGCACGUUUCCGUCGAGCCUCUCUUGUUUCAAGCUUUGCUCAUCAACCCGUCAUCAAGAAAGACGACAUCGACCAUCCUCGCUUUCAACCAGCCCGAGUUAUCGACUUGGCCGUCAUCGGUCGUAAGCGGAAGAGAUCGUGCGACACCGUUGAGGUCGACCAGACCACACCACCUACCAAGAAGAUGAAUUCCGUUUCUCCCACGUUCUCUGUUGACUUUCUCUCUCGAAGCAGUCGAUCGAGAUCCAAUUCAACGAUGCCUUCAUCGGGUCGACACCACUUGCACCAUGACGUCAUCCAGCUCCAGCAUAAGUCACCACAUGACUCGACGAAGGGCGCCAAAAGUCCAUUGAUGUCAGUAGACUUUCUCUCUCGUAGCAGCCGCUCUCCGUCUCCCUCUACAUCCACGUAUAACGCAGAGCAUCUUUACCGCACACCGUCUUCAUUCUCCACACCGAUGGGUUAUCAUCCGUACGUCUUCUACGUCAACCUCUAGAUAUUGACUGCAUCGACUCAUGAACUCUGAAUGGAUCUUCUUCUUAUUAUAUAUUAAUCUUGCCUUUUCCAAAGAUGCAUUCAUUUAUGAAAUCAUAAGUUGCAAUUGAAUAAAUUGUUAAAUUGUAA